AUGGGUAAUACUCUCUCUUUUACCUACUGCCCAAUUAGCGGCGAUGAAAUCCGACUUCUCAAAAUUUUACCCACAUCUUCAUCAGAAAAGAUUUGUUGCUCCAUAUCUCAUUUCCAGCUCUCAUCUUGCCCAGCUUACACGGCCUUAUCCUAUACCUGGGGCGGCUCCUUCUGGACCCACAUCAUUGAACUAAAUGGCUGUGAGUUUGUGGUACGGUCGAAUUUGCAUGCGUUCUUGAAGGAAGCACAGGAGCGCUUCACGAAGGAAAACCUCACUCCUGAACUUGGAUCAAACAUAGAACAGAAUGGCAAUAGUAGUGUAUGGUUUUGGAUCGACGCCAUAUGCAUCAACCAAGAGGAUAUUCCGGAGCGCAACGCCCAGGUUCUCCGGAUGAAAGAUAUCUACGAAAAGGCAGAGCGAAUCAUUUGCUGGCUCGGUUCUUUGCCAUUCUUUACGGAUGGAAUGGCUGCGAUCAAGCUACUAGACUUUUUGUACGACCUGAGCCAGAAAUAUUCGAACAUCAAUGACCAUAGUCAUGCGGAAGCUAUCAUUACAGAUUCUCUCGGUCCGACAAGCCAUAACUUUAAACAGAUGGACUGGAUUUCAUUGAAAAAUAUGCUGCAUAGACCAUGGUGGACCAGGGCGUGGGUAGUUCAGGAAGCAUCAACGCCGAGGAGAAAAGUGAUCUGGUAUGGACCAUACGAAAGAUCAUCUAAGCAUUUUUGGAAAGCCGCUCGUGUUUUGUUCCUCAUCUCAAAGCAACCGGGGAUUACACAGCUGCAAAAAGAAGCUUAUAAUCCGAGCGCCUCGCUGUUUAAUCAUAUGCGGGUGGCAAGGGAAGAAAACAAGCUUCUUCUUCUUGACGCCCUCCCUAGCAUGAGACUGUAUCAGGCAACUGAUCCGAGAGAUAAAGUAUUCGCAAUCCUGGCAAUUUGUCAGGAUGGCAAGCAUCCGGAUAUAGCGCCACACUACGAGAAUUCAACAGAGGAGGUCUUCACGAACUUGGCAGCUCAUAUUCUGAGUCGAGACGAGUGUUUGGAUAUCCUUGGACAUUGUCACUAUUCGAGGAGAGCACCAUCGCUUCCUACUUGGGUCCCCGAUUGGACGAGUAAAUGGGUCGCCUUGGAUUUCUCCCACAGAAAUGAAAAGACUCUUGAACGAGUGUACAACGCGUGUUUCUCAAUUCCUGCAGUCAUUGGGGUAGACCGUACAACACGGACUCUCCGACUUCGCGGUAUCAAGUUCGACGAGCUUUUGUCGGUGGGGUUGGCCCGGAAUGCUGACCCAAAUAUCACUCCUGAUGUUGAUGUCCUCAGAAAUUGGCUCUCACUAGCUUCUCGACUGGGGAAUGAUUAUAUUUCUGGUGGUACUGUAUUUGAAGCUCUCCAACAUACACUCUGUGCUGAUAUCACGGAAUCAUCACAGUGGAACGGUGAAGAUGAACGCGGUGGAAAGGUUGAUCUUCCUGGAGAUAUUUAUACGAUCCCCCAGGACUUUUUCCGCUGCUCUCUCCUUUUAAAUAGACACACAGUUCGUCGAUGCUUGGCAACUACAAGAAAGGGCUAUCUUGCUCUGGCACCGCAGGAAACGAAACCCGGUGAUCUGCUCUGUGUUCUAUAUGGAGGGCAGCUCCCCUUUGUUUUACGAAAUUCUGAUUCUUACUUUGAAUUAAUUGGCGAGGCGUAUGUCCAUGGAAUUAUGGACGGAGAAUCAAUAAAUAGUAGUAAUAUAAGAAAUAUGGAGCAGGAGUUUGAGAUACACUAG